GGAUCCACAUCUGUGUUUCAUCUUCUUCCAAUCAUUCUCAUUUGACUCCUCCUCUUGCAGUAACCAAACACUUCUUUGCUUGAUUUCUGUUUGAACCAGCAAUGGCUGAAGCAAUUGCAUUCGACCUCGCCCUACAGCUUAUUACUAAAUUGAGCUCCUUUACUCUCUCUCAAAUUGGACUGUGUUGGAAUGUCAAAGAUGACCUCGACGACCUCAAAAGCACCGUCUCUACAAUCAAAGCUGUGCUUCUUGACGCAGAAGAGCGAUCCGUGACCAGCCAACUCGUCAAGGAUUGGCUUGAAAAGCUGAAAGAUGUACUUUACGAUGCUGACGACUUGCUCGAUGAUUUCUCUACCGAAGCUUUGCGGAAAGAUCUAUUGGGUGGGAACAAGCUGACGAAAGAGGUACGCCUUUUCUUCUCGAGCUCAAACCAGUUUGCUUACGGUCUCAAAAUGGGUCGGAAAAUUAAGACCAUUAGGGCCAGGUUGAUUUCAAUUGGAAGUGAAGCCAAGGUGUUCAACUUGGUAGAGCGUGACCGUCCCAUGGAAACCUCUUUCAUGACUAAAAAGAGGCAGCUAACGCACUCUUUUAAAGAUAAAAUAAUAGGGAGGGGCGAUGAUAAAGCAGCUCUUCUAAAACUCGUGUUAGAGUUUGAAAGUGAAGAGAAUGUUUAUAUCAUUCCAAUUGUGGGGUUUGGAGGGUUAGGGAAGACUGCUUUGGCUCAGUUUGUCUAUAAUGAUGAAAUGGUCGAAAAUCAUUUUGAGUUGAUGAUGUGGGUGUGUGUUUCAGAUGUUUUUGAUGUCAAAAUAAUUGUAGAAAACAUGAUCAAAUCUGCAACAGGCAAAGCACCCGAUCAAAAUCUCGAAAUGGACCAAUUGCAAAAACAACUUCGGGAAAUAAUUGGUGGGAAAAAAUAUUUGCUUGUUUUGGAUGACAUUUGGAAUGAAGAGUGGGAAAAAUGGGUUAGAUUAAAAGAGUUAUUAGUAGGUGGGGCUAAAGGAAGUAGGAUAAUAGUAACUACUCGCUCUUUGCGAGUAGCAAAGAUUACUAGUAAAUGUCAGCCUUAUGUUCUGAAGGGCUUGUCUGAUAAUGAUGCUUGGUCUUUGUUCAAAGAGAUAGCAUUUGAACAAAGAUCUGCAGACUCAACAGAUUCAGGCUUUGUGGAAAUAGGAAAGCUGAUUUUGGAAAGGUGUUGUGGAGUUCCCUUAGUCAUAAGGACGAUAGCUGGUACGUUAUCUUUCAAAGAAACUAAAAGUGAGUGGCUUUCUUUUAAAGAUAACGAACUUGCUAGAAUAUCUCAGAACGAAGGUGAGAUAUUACCUACACUUAAGUUGAGUUAUGAUCAUCUCCCGUCUCAUUUGAAGCAUUGCUUUGCUUAUUGCCGAUUGUAUCCAAAAGAUUACGAAAUUGAAGUACAAGCGCUUGUUAAAUUUUGGAUUGCACAGGGUUUCAUAAAGCAAUUGAAUCAAAGUCAAUCUCUCGAGGAGAUCGGGUUUGGGUAUUUUAAAGAUUUAGUUGAAAGGAGUUUCUUUCAAGAGGUAGAAGGAGACUUGAUGGAAGAAAUGAGAUGUAAAAUGCAUGAUUUAAUGCAUGAUCUAGCUGAAUCAGUAGCAGGGAUGGAGAGUAGUAUUGUAGAUUCUAAUAAAAAUGCAAGUGAUGUUGGUGAAAAAUGUCGCCACAUAUCAAUUAAUCCUUCAUUAAUUCCUUUGUUUAAGGGAAAGAAGUUGCGAACCUUGUUACAUUUUCAAGACGGAAUAAUUCAAGAUUUCAGCUAUGAAACUUGGGAUUUGAUAAUUGCAAAUUGUAGAUGCUUGCGUGUAUUGGAUUUGCGGUGGUUAGCUACUGAGAUGAUUUCACCCUCCAUUUACAAGUUGAAACAUUUGAGGUACCUUGAUCUUUCUUGCAAUUUCCAUCUUAAGAUUCUCCCAAAGAGUAUUUGCAAGAUUCAGAAUUUGCUAGCGCUGAAACUUGACUUUUGUACUAGGCUUAAAGAAUUACCGAAGAAGAUUGAAAAAUUGGUGAAUCUUACCCAUAUUGGGUGUGGAGGUUGUUAUAGUUUAACUCAUAUGCCACGUGGAAUAGGGAAGCUGACUUCACUUGAGACGUUAAGCAUGUUUGUAGUGGAUAAAGAUGGGUCCCAUGGCGGUGCAGAUCUAAGUGAAUUGAGACUGCUUAACAACUUAAGGGGACGUCUACAAAUAACAAAUUUGGGAUUCGUAAAAAAUGCAAAAGAGAAGUUUAAGGCUGCUAAUUUGAAAGAGAAGCAACAUUUGAGAUCUUUGGUUUUACGAUGGGGCGGUGGUAACCAUGAUGAUGAGAAGUCACUUGAAGACCUCCAGCCCCAUCCUAAUCUCAAGCAGCUCUUUAUUCGAGGAUGGAGGGGUGAUGCCAAGUUUCCAAGUUGGAUUUCUUUUCUCACAAAUCUCGUCAAAUUUUUCAUAAGUGAUGGUAAUUUCAAAUAUUUCCCGUCCUUUGCUCAAUUGCCCUGCCUUGAACUGCUGGAGAUUUGGGGUUGUACUAAGCUGGAGUACAUGGAUGAUAAUAGCCUAAAAGGAAGUCAAGGAGAACCACAAUCAUUCUUCCCAUCACUUAAGCAUCUUUCGCUCUUGGACUGUCCGAAUAUGAAGAAUUGGUGGAGGACGACAAAACCAAUCGAUGAUGAUUCCAACGAGGAAGACACAACAGUUAUUGGAACAUCAACCAUGGCAUUUCCUUGUCUUUCCUCUUUAAAAAUUAAAAAUUGCCCUUUGACUUUAAUGCCACUGUAUCCAUCAGUCGAUGAAGAUCUAAUGUUGUCGAAUACCAGUUCAAGGGCGUUAAAGCAGACCAUGAAGAUGAACAUCACUAGUACGACCCCAUCAACUUCAACCUCUUCUCUUCCACUCUCCAAAUUGAAAUCUUUCGAUGUACGCAACAUUGAGGGGUUGGACACUCACACGCUAGAUGAGUGCCUGCAACAUCUCGCCAGCCUCAAAAGAUUAACAAUAAGAGAUUGCAAGGAGGUUGAUUUAGAGGGCAUGCAAUGGGAACCCCUUAAGAAUCUCUCUCAUUUGGAGAUUGAUAAUAUUCCAAAGCUGGUGUCUCUCCCCAUUUGGCUUCAACAUCUUGUUCAAUUGAAAACAUUAAAAAUUCAUAACUGCAAUGGAUUGAGGUCACUGCUUCCUGUGUUCCAACAUCUCACUUUCCUUGAAGAGUUUGAAGUAAAGGAUUGCAAGGAGCUGGAGUUAUCUGCAGCUGGCAUCCAAAUAUUCCAAGAUCAUACAAGCCUACGCUCUCUAAGGCUGCAAAAUAUUCCAAAGUGUCAGCAUCUUCCGGAGGAGCUUCAACAUCUAGCAAAUCUGCAACUGCUUUAUCUCGUUAAUUUGCCCAAUUUAACAUCUCUUCCGGACGAGAUGCGUUGCCUAACCAGUUUGAAGUCUUUACAAAUACGAGAAAUUCCUCAGUUGGAGGAAAGAUGUCGGAAGGACAUUGGCGCUGAUUGGCAUAAGAUUGCUCACAUCCCCCACAUUUGGUUGUAACAGUAAGGCAUUGGAGAAAGGCAUUAGUCAACUUCAAUCAUUUUGUAUGCAUAAAAAGAGGUGCUAAUUUAUCUAUUUGCUUUUUACUUUUAAAUCAUAAUAAUAACUUGACAAUUGCUUCUAAUAAUUUAAUUCUAAAAAAAUCAUUGAUGUGGAGGGAGAGGCCUAUGAAGCCUUCAAAAUCGUUAUAUUAUAUGCUCUGCUUUCUUCAUUUAAGCACUUACCUAUCAUAUCUUUAUAUAUAUAUAUAUAUUUAUGUUUUCACUUAAUAUAUACCAACUGAUUACUAUCUUAGAUGGUACCUGUGCUAUUGACAGGGUUUUGGAGGUAUUCAAAUUCAUAAUAUUCAUUGAUGCAUAGCACUCUUUUAGCUGUUUGAAAUUCCAGCCCAAUUUGUUAUUAAAGGUCCAAACAGGAAAAAAAGGAAGAUGCUUCAGAAUAUUUGGUGGUGAGGUUGAAGUUGAUAAAAUGUUUCAUUAUUUAUAUAUCAACAGCAAUAUACUAAACACACAUAUGUGCAAAUAUAAGGCUGAUAAUAAUGGGAUUUGUAACAUAUUCUAUGUUGGCAUUUAUAAUUUUCAGGUUCAUUGAUGCUUUUGGAAGAGUCGUUGUUCAAGCUUGACAAUUGCCAGACAUAUUGCAUUUGAAAAUUUAUUAUUCCACUUUACAUGGAGCUUAUUAAGAGCUUGAUUCAUAGUAGGAAAACCAUCUGAGUGUUGAAUGUGAAUUUUCACUUGCAUAGCUAAAAUGAGUUGGGAGAGAAUUUACUUAAUUGUACAAAAGUGAUGUUGCAUCAAGUGUUCAAAGGGUUAGGCUUAAAUAAUUUCUUUAUACUAUGAAGGUCAUAGUGGAUUCAUUUUUGGGCAAAGCUCCGCAGACA